GUCGUGUCGUCCUCAGCUGUGCGAGCUUGACGCCCCGUGGAUCGUGCUGCAAUCUCAUCUUGAAAGGAGAGGUGAAGAGUCACACGUUUGGCGAAGAUGUCUGUGGCCGGGCUGAAGAAACAGUUCCACAAAGCCAGUCAGCUACUCAGUGAAAAGAUCAGUGGGGCAGAGGGGACAAAGCUGGAUGAAGACUUCAUGGAGAUGGAGAGGAAAAUUGAUGUGACCAACAAGUCAGUGUUUGACCUCUUGGCUAAAACAACAGAAUAUCUCCAGCCUAACCCAGCCUCUCGAGCUAAACUGAACAUGCUGAACACAGUGUCUAAGAUCCGUGGGCAGGUGAAGACCACUGGCUACCCUCAGACUGAAGGUCUGCUGGGAGAUUGCAUGCUGCGCUACGGCUAUGAACUGGGAGAAGACUCUGUGUUUGGCACUGCUCUGGUGGAUAUGGGUGAGGCCAUGAGGCAGAUGGCCGAUGUGAAGGACUCCCUGGACAUAAGCGUCAAACAAAACUUUAUAGAUCCCCUGCAGAGUCUACAGGACAAGGAUCUGAAAGAGAUAACGCACCACCUGAAGAAGCUGGAAGGACGUCGAUUAGACUUUGAUUAUAAGAAGAAGCGCCAAGGCAAAAUCCCAGACGAGGAGGUCCAGCAGGCUGUGGAGAAGUUUGAGGAAAGCAAAGAGCUGGCUGAGAGGAGCAUGUUCAACUUCCUGGAGAAUGACGUGGAGCAGGUGAGCCAGCUGUUUGCACUGGUAGAGGCGUCUCUGGAGUACCACCGGCAGUCCCAUGAAAUCCUGGAGGAGCUCAGCGGAAAGCUGCAGAAGAGGAUAUCCACAGCUAGCAGCCGGCCGAAGAGAGAGUUCAGACCAAAGUCCAUCAGGAGCACCAUCGACACCCUGGACGACAGCCAGCACAACGGCCUGUCCUACAGCUCCUCAGUCAAAUCAGAUAUGCAGAUGAACCACACAGUCAAUGGGAAAACUGAUCAUAUACCCUCUGUCCCACUGUCAUGGCCUGAGAGCCCCACUACCAAUGGCAAUAUUGACGAGUCAGAAGUGUUGGACCAGCCCUGCUGUCGCUCCCUCUAUGAUUUUGAGCCAGAGAAUGAGGGUGAGCUCGGCUUCAAACUGGGCGACAUUAUCAUCCUCACCAACCAGAUAGAUGAAAACUGGUAUGAGGGCAUGAUCAACGGGGAGUCUGGCUUCUUUCCCAUCAGCUAUGUGGAGGUCAUUGUGCCCCUGCCUCAGUGAAGACCAAAACCCAGGGUCCUCUACAGAUGCCCAACUGCCUCAUCACAUGCAGCCUCUGUCCUCAGCUGGACUCAGGCUGGAAAAAUGCACAGCACCGGAUCAGCCCAAGGCUGACAAACAAAUUCUGUGUUCUGUUUUUCCAACCAAGCUAGACAGGUAGUCAUUUUGUUCCAAGCUGAGUUGAGAUCAAGUGUCGAUGGUUGCAUUGUUUUGUCUAUUGAUAUUUAUGAACAGAAGCCAACUGAAACCCUAGCCAUUAACGUGGACGCUUUGCCUGAUGGGACCCUUUGUGUCCUCUGGCUCUGACUAAAGUGGAAAUGUCAAGCUGUGGAAUGCAACCCGGCCGUCCUUCAUAUGAAGUUGCUCACAGUUUAUCCUCAGAGAAGUUGUUCGUUGAACUUUCUGUUGGCUUUGGCUUUACUGUUACUGCAUUGCAUCAUGCCUGCCACGCAGACAUGACUCAGCUGCUCAAGAAAUACAAUUUCAUUGAGUCAUUCCAUGUUUAAAAGAUCAGCCAGGUCUUUAAACUGUUGGUUCACCCAAAGUGCACAGUGUCCAUUUACAAAGAUACACACUUACUGGUCCAAAUAAGUCCCAUCCUUAACUGGUCCCAGCUUUAAUCAAUGCUUAAUUAAUGUCAAGUUUGAGGCUCACGCAACUGAACUGAAACAGUUUACAAAUAUUCAGUAAGGAUUCCCUUGAAAAGGUUUGGGAAGUUCUGAAGCUCUGAAAAACUAGAUGUGCAGAAACCCCCCCAGUGUGGGCGCCACAGUCCUGUGUUCUACCAAUGCUAUCUUUAAUAUAUUAAAACAGUACAUGUUCUGUUCUUAUCCAAAUACAAGCCCUGCUCUUUACCAACUGUGAUGCCUUGUGGAGCUUUCAGUCUACUAUAGACAGCUGGGGUAGGCCCCAGCCCCCCACGACUCGUCUAGAGGACGAGCUGUUAGAAGAUGAGACAAGUCUACUAUGAUUUAAUUCUUGUUGACAUAACUGUUUUCAUAAUUGUAAUAUUGCAUUGAGACUAAGACCAUGGUGACACUGUUUUAAGGAGCUUUUGAUGGAAACAAAAAAACUCAAGCAGCCAGACAUUAAGACGGGCUUGAAAUCUGUGCUGACUUUAAUUAUUUAUCAUGAAUACGUCGGUUGUUUCCUGCAGAUAUAAUGUUCUGCAGUCAUCCACAGUUACUCUCAUUUUGGUUGUAAAGCCUUCAGACUGACUGUUUCUUUUCAGUCAUAGCUCUCUUGUUGCUUUUCCAUCAGCAGCUCUGAGAAGCCCCCUGUGUCCUCUCCGCCCAGCACCAAACAACUCACAGACACUGUUAAUCUAAGGAGUAAAUAUCAGACUUCUUUUACUGAGGAGUUCAUGGAGAAGGAAACCAAGAUAAAACGAAUUAGUGUGUGAAGACUGGAAAACUUGUGUAAUGUAGUUUAUUCAGGAUAUAAAUUAUUUGCAAAUCAUCAUGUUAAACAGCUUCCCAACUUUUUUGGGAAUGUGCUCGUUGUCCAUAAUGUUCUAUGAAAUGUUUAUGAAGUUCAAUCUUCCCCUGGUGCCCAUGUGAAACGGAUUAAUGCCACUUUAAAUGAAGCUCUGGAUCAGCCAAUCAUAUCUGGGAGAGAAAAGAAAGAAACAACUGAGACCUGCUUUGACCAACUUUACUCACGCCACGAUUGUGCACUGAAAGAUCAUUGACAUUUCACACAAACUCAUCAUCAGAUUUACCUCCAAACAACAUAGUUUGAAAACCAUAAUCAUGGUUUAAAAUGUGAAAUCAAAUACUUGGUCAGUGUUGGCUUUAGUGUGAUGCCACUGUUUCCAUUCCAUAGCUAUUUAUUUUAAAUGUGUUUUUACUGUUUUGUGAAUGUGUCACCUCUUGGACAGUCAGAGUCACCAAUGCUUGAAAGCUUCCACUGGGACCACGGUCGACGGGACUCUGAUGGCCAGCCUCGUGUUGUACCUCUGUACCUUUCUGUUCGUGUGUCUUUUCUAAAUGUUUCCUGUUGGCUGCUGUUCUCUGCGCUCCAGAACGCACUGUGCAGCGUUUCUUUGAGGAACCGUGAAUGUCCCUCUCUCUCUGUUUACACGCUCUGACCUGUUGUGACAUUGCGUAAGCAUAGGAACGGUCGUCUUUCAGCCACAUGAAAGUGCUUUUGAUAUGUUGUCUGUAUUGCACAAGCUUUAGAAACUAUCUACCUACUAUAUGUUUAUGGACAUGCACCUUUUGGUUUGGUAAUGUUUUGCUUUUCCACAUUUCCAGUGCUGCACUUUGUGUUUUUCAAAACGGGGUUAGAAUCACUACAUAUCAGAUAUAAAGGAUAUGUGUGAUGUUAAAACUGUAGAAACUAGAUGUACAUAUUUAAUGACGCCACGAUAUCGAUUAUUGUAAUCUAGGAAAGAAAUGUUGUAUCGCAACUUACAUGAGAAGUAGACAGACUUUGUGGAAGUAGACAGUUUGUUACCUUGUGAAAGUCGUAUUGCAGUCUCUUCCAACUAGAGAUAAGCCAUAGACUGAGGGAAGGCCUGCAAUUACUGUGACCACGUUCAUUUCAGAUGUCCCAUUGUGGUAUGAGCUGGUAAAACACCUCAGUAUCUUAAUAACCAGCAGCCAUCUCUUCUUCUUCUGUUGGGAAGUCUGCAUUCACCUCGACUGAAACCUACUUCUAAUCGUCACUUCACUGUUUUAUAUUUGUUUAUUUUUUUUAGUAAGAAAAAUUGUGCUUUUUGCUCUUAUUAUUUGUUGCGGCAAAUUCAAAACUGGUCUUGAAAUACAAACAAGAACAACAGUCGUGUCACACUUACAACUCACAAGCAGUUUCUCUCUGAAUGCGUAGUUUUGAUUCACUUCUGCUGCCAUGCGGGUUGAGGAGAUGUAAUCACCUGGUUCAUUUAUCAUAAAAAAUAAUUAUCAGAAAAAAAUUAACUGUGUAAAAGUCAUGAUUAAAAAUAGUUGACUUGGCGCAUUUCAGUAGCAAAUCUUAAAUUGAAUCAUACCAAAAAGAGAAAACAUGAUUUCUGAGAAACCAAACAGGAAUAAUUCAGAUGUAGAGGGUAUUUUUUUUAACUGAAAUGGGACCUGAACACAGGAAAACACUUCUGCCAUUACAGGCCCCUCAUACUUUCAACCACUAUAGUCCUUUCCUGAUGUUAGGUUGUGUUCUGGAUGUUUACUAUUAUUGUUAUUAAUACAGUGAACGGGAUUGUCUUUUAGCAAAGUGAAAUCUUUGCCAUACUGUUUCCAGUGGCCACUGUUUAUAGAGAAUUUAGUUCAGUACUCACAGGUUAUCAUGGGAGGUCCGCUAAAACAAAUUUUUCUUUACAACCAAUGUGCAUUUCCUUAGUUUAGUUUUAUUAGUAAAGCAUUGCUCAUAACAUGAACAGAAGCAAAAUCUGAUUUGGCCUCAAUAUCUAUUUGAUCAAUCACAUUCUACAUUGUUUAGUUGCAUCUUUUAUUGUAUGUGGACCAACUACUUUUUCUACAAUAGAGACGAGAUAGAGACAAUGCAUUGGAUGGUUACUUUUAGCUUGUAAAAGCUUAAAUGUCCAAGAUGUUGCAUGAUGAUUUGUUUUUCUAAAGAUCAUUAUAGAUUGGAUUCUGGGGAGGCCUUAGCACAGGUAGCUAUCAGCUGUCAGCAUCACUGUAUCUUACAGAAUGGAAAGUCCCUGCAUUCAUUCACAUAUUUUUUUUGUUUUUUAAUUUUUUUCUGCUGAACAUUUGGUUUUAUAGAUUCUGUUAUCAUCAAACAAAAACUAUACACAUCUAUAUCAAUUUUAUGUCCUACCUGUUGGAUGUGUUUACAUAUUUAAGAUUGAAUGCAAGAUUAGUUUAAAUGUAUUUUUUAUAGGUAGCCCCACUGUAUGAAGAACUGACACUUUGAUACACUAAAAUAAAAUGUCUUAACACUGUACCUCUGUUUACCUUUCCAGUCUCCCUUCAGUAUUAAUUUAAAUGUCCACUUCUUGGCUAAACAAAGUUGCAGUUCUGUUUUAUUUUUCUCUGUAGCAUAAUUUAUGCAAAGUAUGUUUUAUAGAUGUUGUAAAUGAAUAUAUGAAUAAAUAUAUUGUGUAAAUAAAUGACCAGCGAAUAUUGA